AUGAGCAUCGACUUUCCUAUAGCAAACGUCCAGUGCCAGUACGACAGUCCAUCAGACACGGAGCAGGAGUGCCGGCAGUCUGUGACCUCAGGAGUUGUGACUAGCGCUGUGGUGGCGCAUCCUGUGGACGAUCACAACUACGACACACGGGAUGAGCCCCCGGCGUUUAUUAUACAACAUGUGAAUGCGGCGCUACAAGUCCAAAUGUCGCCACCGGCGCGGUUCGAGCCUCGAAUUGCGCCGAAGAUAAUGACGAUAGGGCCUGGCCCUACAUCGUCAGUUAAUGUCAUACACGUCGGAGACAGGCCUCAGAUGCUUUGCCAAUCAUCACAGCCAACAGAAUUCAGUAUAAAUAAGCGGAUCCGUCGCAGUGAGCAAGUAUUACGGCAGGCAGCCGACUGCGUCAGUCGAGGGUUGACCUUCCAGACGGUGUCUGAACAGUUCAAUAUACCUAUCUCUACCAUACGUUUCUUUAUGGCGAGAAAAGGUAUCCUGCCGCAACGUCGUCGGGGGCGUAGCACGCAGCCGAGUCGUCCUAGCAAUAGUCCUGAACCUCCAUUCCACAUGCAACACUUCAAGUUGCCCGACAUGUUGGCCCUCAGGCAGGAUGACGAAGACACCAAUUCUAAUACAUAA